GAUUAAAAAUUUUACAAUGACAUCUAACAAAAUACGCGUCGUGUAUAUCACGUUCGGGAAGUUUCGAUUACGAAUAGUAAAACUAAUUGAACGCGACGUGACAACAUAACCUCACAUGAGAAUACAUACGGAAGGUACAGCUACCAUCAGAACGAGAAAGUUCAUGACUAAUCGGCUUCUAUGCCGAAAACAAAUGGUUGUAGAUGUAAUCCAUCCUGGUCAACCAUCGGUUCGUAAGACCGAGAUACGUGAGAAAUUAGCCAAGAUGUACAAAGUGACCCCGGAUGUUGUCUUUGUGUUCGGCUUCCAAACCAACUUCGGCGGUGGCAAAUCCACUGGGUUUGCGCUUAUCUACGACACCUUGGACUUUGCAAAGAAAUUCGAACCCAAGUAUAGGCUAGCGAGGCACGGUCUCUUCGAGAAACAGAAGCAAACGAGGAAACAGCGUAAGGAGCGCAAGAACAGAAUGAAGAAGGUUAGGGGUACUAAGAAGAGUAAGGUUGGAGCAGCGUCUAAAAAGGGAAGGAAAUAGAGAAAUGAUCAUCAUUUAUACUACAGACUUCUGGAGGGGCAAUAUCUUGUUGCUUAAUCAGGUAAAAGAAGCCAUCUUGAAGGCCACGAUCAUCGACGUAAAAGUUAUUAUAUUUUACUAUGAAAUGGUAUAAUUAUAAUUAUAAUAAAUUUUACGGAAUAAACGUGUACUCUUCUUGAUGAAAA